UUCGAAUCAUAUUGGCUUGCUUUGUAGAACCUAAACGAAAGAAAAUUCGCUCGUUGAGUUAAGCCUGCUGUAACUUAUCCUCCUGUGGUUUUUAUGAGGUGAAAGGUGACAGGUGUCGAAGUCCAUUUUGCAGAAAGAAAAUGCGGCUAAGAUGGAUCUUAGUCCUUUGCGCAGGAUGGAGUUUAAUGAUCAUGAAGGCGGAAGCAAUAGAGCCAAUCUCGACCAGCCUGGCUGUUGGCAUUGCAGCCGCUAUAACCGGGUUUCUAGCCCGCUAUCCAAAUAUUCUGUACCACUUUCAGGAGUGCUGCAGACCAGAGUGGAUCUCCUACAAUAAAACAGGUCUUGAAGUGGAUCUGCAGAGCAAGCUGAUUGGCCAGCAUGUAGCAUCCCGUGUCAUCCUCAAAGCUGUGACUGGCUUCAUGAACAACGAAGACCCGAAGAAGCCCCUAGUCCUCUCGCUGCAUGGCUGGACCGGCACAGGCAAAAACUUUGUCAGUCAGCUAAUUGCCAAAAACAUUUACCAACGUGGAAUGACGAGCGGAUUUGUGCACUUGUUCACCGCCACGGCACACUUCCCGCACGAAGUGGAUCUGGACUCGUACAAGUCCCAACUGCAGCAGUGGAUAAAGGGCAACGUGUCCGCCUGCCCUCGCUCCAUGUUCAUAUUCGACGAGAUGGACAAGAUGCACCCGGGCCUGAUCGACAGCAUCAAGCCCUACUUAGAUUUUUACGAAACUCUAGACGGAGUCUCCUACCGCAAGGCCAUCUUCAUCUUCCUAAGUAACGCCGGAGGUGAAAACAUCGUGCAGGUGGCGCUGGAUUUUUGGAAAGCAGGAAGGGAUCGAGAAGAGAUCGAGCUGAAGCAUUUGGAGACGGCGCUGUCCCUGUCCGUUUUUAACAACAAGAAUAGUGGUUUUUGGCACACUAGCCUAAUAGACAAGAACAUGGUGGACUUCUUCGUGCCAUUCCUCCCCCUGGAGUACAAACACGUGGUGCAGUGCGGCCGAGCCGAGAUGAUCAGCAAGGGCCUGGAACCCAACGAGGAAGCUGUGGAGCAAAUGGCGCACGACAUGAACUAUUUCCCACGCAACGAGCGUGUCUUCUCCAUGCAGGGCUGCAAGGUUAUCUCCAGCAGGCUGGACUUCUACAUCUAAACCGAAGGAAACGCAACGCCGCGUGUACGUUCUCCGAAGACCCGAGGCUCGGCUCGAGAGGGAACCGUGUCCGCGGUAUCCACAGAGGAUACUCGCUUCAUAAGAUCCACCUGAACACUACUCUGAUGUCACUCGUCACGUGUACGAGGAGGAAGCAGUAUUUUUUUUUUUAUUGAUUGAAAUGGUUUCUAUUACUUGUUUUUAACAUGAAUGAAUGAAAAACGACGCAGGCUUGACUCCUUGUUUUUUUAAGGAGGAUUCAGGUCUCGUCAUCGAUUCGGUGGCGGCAUGGACGUGUUGAAUCUUAAACGGUCAUUUUUCAUGACCCUGUUUUGUGCAUUGUCAUGCACUCGUAAUGAACGAAAUACUUUUGUUUUGGCAUAAUUUUAUUUUUAUUUUUUUUUAAAUGUCUGUAAACAGAAAGAACAGCUUAAUGUCAAAAUCCUAUACGGUCUGCCAAUUACACCCUUUUAUCAAAAUCGUUUAAGAAAUGUUUACAUAUUUUUUGCCAUUGCUGUCCAGCUCACUGAAUCGUUACGCUAGAGAUUUUAAAAUGUAUUUCACAUUAAAUUCUUAUGAAACCGCAGCAGCCAGGAAGAAGCAGUCCGACCGACAAAGCGUCGUUUUCCAGACAUCACUACAGGAAAUGUUUAUGCGUUGAUGUGUUAACACUCACAGUACUUCCACUUUAUAAUUAUUAUAAUUAUAAUCAUGCUUCACAUAAGAGGAUGUCUUUCCAGCGGAGGAAAUGGUCUGAAGAUACGUAUAUGAAUGUUUUUGUUGGUCUCGGUGAUGGUUUGACGGUCCACGCUUUUGGUCCCGAUUGUUUUUUGUUCAUUUGCAGUUGCCCCGUGUCAAAAACGUUUCACGAAUCAUUCCACACUGAUUACUUUCACUAAACCUGAUAAACUUGAUCUUAUUCUUUACUGGUGUUCAUGAGCUCUAUCUCGUCUUGCGAUUUACCGCUCGAAUACUCGCUGCCAUAUCAGGGACCACUUUGCGGUAACUGUAACCGCUUUAUGCGAGUCAGAGUCGCGUCCCCGCCCCUCACAGGGCGCCAAAGAGACCGCCCACGUUUGCGCACGCACUCACUCAGUCCUCGGUUAUAAUUUAGCAGAUCCACCUAGUACGUACAACCGACAGGGCCAUGAGAAUCUGCUGGGUACCUUCUUGUGUGCCCGCACGCUGAGCUUUUCCAAUAAAGUCGAAAAGUGGUGAAUGACAGUAUUUUCAAUAAGCAAAUUUUACUUGGCAUUUUAACCGGGGUGUGUAGACUUUUUUUAUAUCCACUGUAUCAGUAUAUACAGAACUGUUUGUAGUGUUUCAUUGCUUAUGUUGACCUCUGAAUUACAGUACUCUACAAUUGUCAGGUCAUAGCUUUGAACAGAUGUAUGAAUCCCACAAGGUAGAACUUUAAUUUGAAAAGAUCUUUAAUACGAUCCACGAGCUCCUCUGCACGAGCAUAGCCAAGUUUAGUGUUUUCCAUGUUCUAACACACCACUGGUAAGAAGAGCUGCUCAGUUGAAACAGUUGCGUUAGAUCAGGAAAAAGUCACUAAUUUGGUUUGGUUGAAUUUCCGUCCAGGACUGCACCCCUGACUCUUUUUGUUAGCCAGUCAGGUUGAUUUUCCUGCCAUAUCCUCCUGCGUUUUGGAAGAAAAUGUCAAUAAUUCAAUGCCACUGUGGUCCAAAGCUGCACGUACAGCGCACAGUUCGUCAAUUCCAUUACACCAACAGCACGGCAUUAAUGCAGCCAUCGUUCUCUGGG